UUUUCCUUUAAAAAUGCAUGGAAUUAAAAAACCAUUAAAUCAUUCUCAGGAGCCACCUUGCUACCAUUCUCUCAAAACUAAUUCUAAGUGUUAUGACCUCAUUUGGACAACAUUUCAAGCAAACCCAUCAAAUACCCUAAACUCAAAUCAUGGAGAGGUGCUGGAUCAUAGCUUUUCUCCUCAUUGCUCAAAUUUUACAAAUAGGCUCAGCCUUCGGCGUCGGAGUCGGCGUAGGUGUCGGCAUAGGCAAUGCAGGUGGCGGAGGUGGCGGAGGAGGCGGUGGUGGCGGUGGUGUAUGGGUCGGAGGUGGAGUCAACUCUCCAAAUUACCCAACCCCAACUGGGCCUUCACCUUCAAAUCUAAAAAACGCUUACACUGCUCUACAAUCAUGGAAAUCCGCCAUAACUGACGACCCAACAAAGAUUUUGGACACUUGGGUCGGAGCUGAUGUCUGUUCUUACAGAGGCGUGUUCUGUUCAGUCCCUGAAAACGACGACGGAUUUGCCACUUCAACUGGCUCAGUUGUCUCAGGUAUAGAUCUUAACUACGCCAAUCUCCAAGGCACUCUCGUUAAAGAACUGUCCCUUCUUACAGACAUGUCAAUUUUCCACCUCAACAGUAACAGAUUUUCCGGUACUAUUCCAGACACUUUUAAAGACCUUAUUUCAUUACAAGAACUAGACUUAAGUAACAAUCUUUUCUCCGGCCAGUUCCCAUUAGUUACAUUAUACAUCCCAAAUCUUGUCUAUUUAGACCUCAGAUUCAACAGCUUUUCAGGUUACAUCCCUGAUGCCCUUUUCAACAAGGGCUUAGAUGCAAUUUUGCUCAAUAAUAACCAAUUUAACGGUCAAAUUCCUGAUAACUUGGGGAACUCCCCUGCUUCUGUGAUCAACUUAGCUAAUAAUAAACUCUCCGGUACUCUCCCGAUUAGUUUCGGAGUAAUGAGCUCGAAAUUAAAGGAGAUUUUGUUUCUGAACAAUCAGCUAACCGGCUGUAUUCCUCAAGCAGUUGGGGUUUUCACAGAAAUGCAAGUGUUUGAUGUGAGUCAGAAUUCACUGAUGGGUCAUUUACCAGACUCAAUUUCAUGUCUAAGUCAAAUAGAAGUACUCAACUUGGCACACAACAAACUCUCUGGAGUCCUCCCUGAUAUAGUUUGUUCGUUACGAAGCUUGGUAAAUUUGACCGUAUCGUCUAAUUUCUUUUCCGGGUUUAGUCCAGAAUGUUCGAGAUUAUACGUUAGGAAUGCGGGUUUUGAUUUCUCAUUGAACUGUAUUCCUGGGAGGAAUAUGCAAAGACCGGACCCCGAUUGUUCGAUGAUACCGGGAGGGGGAUUGAGUUGUCUGAGAAUACCUUCUGUGCAGCCUCUUGUUUGUGGGGCUCUUGGGGCUGGGGGGUGAGUUUAGAUGCUAAUUUAGGGCCAUCAUCUCCUUGAAUGAUGGAGAUUGAGAAUGUAACCAAUGUUGUAAAACAAAGUUGGUGAAUGGUUGUCAUAUUAAUUAUAGCUAUUAUGAUUUUGUAGUCUCUAAUUUAUUUCUUCAUUUAAUGUGAUUUGAGUUUGUGUUGCUAUA